UCCAAAGUAGAUUUGUUGGCAGCCCAUUUUCUCUCUCUCUCUCUCUCUCUCUCUCUCUCUCUCUCCGAAGCAGAUAUUUGUAGUUCCGUCACCACCUCACAGCCACUGCCUCUCCGAUCUCCUUUAUCACCUCUGUUCAACCCUCCCAUCUCAUACGGAAGCAGCGGUAGUCGUAGUGGUAAUAGGAGGACGGUGGGCAGAUUCAUUUGCAGCAGCAGCGAAGGAAGAGAAGAGAAGAGAAGAGAAGAGAAGAGCAUAUAAGAGACGAGCAUAGAGGAGGAUGGCAGCAGGAGUAGAGCGAGGGAGAGGAGGAGCCGGCGGGGGAGGGAACCCGCUGAAGCGACUCAAGUGGUCGCAGGAGGACGAAAUGGAGCUCGAGGAAGAGGAGGAAGAGAUGGCGGGCCUUGGCCGGUUCUACUACCCGGACUGCCCUUCGGCUUUCGUCGUCUCCGACGCCGUCGAGCCCGACUUCCCGCUCAUCUACGUUAACACCGUCUUCGAGAACGCCACCGGAUACCGCGCCGACGAGGUCCUCGGACGGAACUGCCGAUUCUUGCAGUUUCGUGAUCCGCGAGCACAAAGACGGCAUCCCUUGGUGGACCCAAUGGUUGUCGCUGAAAUUCAUAGAUGUCUGGAGGAAGGGAUAGAGUUUCAAGGCGAGCUUCUCAAUUUUAGGAAGGAUGGCACUCCGCUGGUGAACAGAUUAAGGCUUACGCCGAUAUACGGCGAUGACGGCUUCGUUACCCACAUCAUAGGCAUCCAGCUGUUUUCUGAAGCAAACAUUGAUCUCAACCGUUUGUCGUACCCAGUUUUCAAACAGACCUCCUUCAUCAAGUCCUACCAUCAGGAUCCAAAAUUCUCCAUACCUGAAACCAAUUCUAAUAACCAAAACCGGGACUACUGUGGGAUCCUUCAGCUCUCAGAUGAAGUCCUGGCACAUAACAUCUUGUCACGCUUGACACCUCGAGAUGUAGCUUCUAUUGGAUCAGCAUGCAUUAGAAUGCGUCAACUAACUAAAAAUGAGCAUUUGAGGAAGAUGGUUUGCCAAAAUGCAUGGGGAAGAGAGGUGACCAUAAGAUUGGAGCUGAGCACCAAAAGAUUAGGAUGGGGCAGGCUAGCAAGGGAGCUAACCACACUGGAGGCUGCCUCGUGGAAGAAGUUCACAGUUGGUGGCAGAGUAGAGCCUUCCCGUUGUAAUUUUAGCGCCUGUGCUGUUGGUAAUCGGUUGGUUCUCUUCGGAGGAGAAGGCAUCAAUAUGCAACCGAUGGAUGAUACUUUUGUUCUCAAUCUCGAGUCAGCAAAUCCAGAAUGGCACCGUGUGAAGGUCACCUCAUCGCCUCCAGGACGCUGGGGGCACACGCUUUCAUGCCUAAGUGGUUCAUGGCUGGUUGUCUUUGGUGGAUACGGCAGUCAAGGAUUGCUGAACGAUGUGUUUGUGUUGGACUUGGAUGCCCAGCAGCCAGGUUGGAAAGAAGUCUUCGGUGAAGCCCCUCCUCUUCCAAGAUCCUGGCACAGCUCUUGCACUGUUGGUGGAUCCAAACUUGUUGUAUCAGGUGGGUGCACCAGUGCCGGUGUCCUUCUAAGUGACACUUUUCUACUGGAUUUGACUAGGGAGAAGCCAACAUGGAGGGAGAUACCCUCCCCAUGGGUGCCUCCUAGGCUUGGUCACACACUUUCAGCAUAUGACAAGACUAAGAUUCUGAUGUUUGGAGGACUGGCUAAGAGUGGCUCACUAAGGCUGCGGUCAUGCGAUACAUUCAGUAUCGACUUGGAAGAUGAUGAGCCUCAGUGGAGGCAGCUAGCGACCACCGGCUUUCCUGGUACAGGUCCGCCACCGAGAUUGGACCAUGUGGCUGUCAGUUUGCCUUGUGGAAGGAUUAUCAUCUUCGGUGGAUCGAUCGCAGGCCUUCACUCACCGUCGCAGCUCUUCCUCUUGGACCCAUUAGAAGAUGAACCAACAUGGAGGAUCCUCAAUGUCCCUGGUCAGCCCCCAAAGUUUGCAUGGGGACAUAGCACUUGUGUCGUUGGAGGGACACGAGUUCUUGUGCUCGGUGGUCACACCGGUGAAGAGUGGAUUCUGAAUGAGCUGCAUGAGCUAUGCUUGGCUAGCAGACCCGAAGGAGAUCCAUGAUCUCGAUCAUUAUGUUUUAGAUGUUCAUUGGAGUGAAAAAGAGUUCUUCUCAGUUACCAUAUGUUUCAGUAUUUGCCUCAAUUUUCCUUGUUUGCUUCUGUGGGAAUCUUGCUCUUCAUUGUCUUGUAUCAUCCCCACCUUCAGCUACAUCUAAAUCUGCUGUACAUAAACUUUACAGCGUAUAAAUAACUGAUGUAUUUAUACUGA